AGGUGGAGGCGAGGCUGCAGCUCCAACAGUCGCCGCAGCUGAUCGACGAUGCCUUCAUCUUUAUUCGCCGCACCGAAAAUGGAACGCAGUUUGUGGAGCAUUCUCCACAGCUGCUGAAGCGCCUGGAGCGAUGCUUCUACCGGAGUCCAGCGGCUGCUCUCGAUCUCUGCGAGAAAGGCAGUGUGCGGGGCGUUUUCCAGCAGAACGACAGCGACUUUGUGAUCCACCCGCUACCCGCCAGAUUUGGUGGUGGGACUCAUGUGCUCUACCAGGCCCGAGUGGACAAGAACAACUACAGUGGAGCCUCGGAACCGUUAGACAGCCAACUGCAGUUCGAGCCAGAUGAGGAGGAGUUCAACGAACCGAGACGACGACUUCGGGCCCAGUCCCCGGCCCAGGCCCCGCUGAGAUUGCGCUACCAGCCAAGACAUCAUCAUCACCAUCAUGUUCACAGCACUCAUCCGCAUCGUAGAAGGCGCAGGUUCAUCGGCAACGCUCCCAGAUCCCGCUGGUCGGAGAUCCCGGAGGAGCUCUUUAUCGAAACGGCCAUCUUCGUGGACAGCGAUCUGUUCGCUCACAUGCAGCGCAACUUUCCCACCAACACCGAGGGCAAGCUGAUCAGCUUCGUGAUGGCCAUGAUCAAUGGCGUCCAGCUGCUAUAUCACCACCACACCCUGGGUCGUCGCAUCAACUUUGUGCUGAAGCGCCUGGAGAUCUGGAAAUCCUCGGAGCCAGCGGGCUUGUCCCGCUCGGUGGACGUGGACCGAUACCUGAACAGUUUCUGCAACUGGCAGGAGAAACUGAAUCCCUUCUCUGACGACGAUCCGCUGCACUACGAUCACGCCCUGAUCCUGACGGGCCUUGACCUGGUGGCGUUCCCCAAGCCACCAGCCAAGCCCAACAGCCAGGUGGUGGGCCUGGCCACGGUGGGAGGCAUGUGCACUUCCACCUUCUCCUGCACCAUCAACGAGGCCAAGCACUUUGAGAGCGUCUUUGUGGUGGCCCACGAGAUUGGACACAAUUUGGGAAUGCGUCAUGAUGCCGAGGAGAUUAGCUGCGAUCCCACUAUGCACAUUAUGUCGCCCAAACUAGGUAGCGGCAAGGUAACGUGGUCCAAGUGCUCCCGCACCUUCCUAGAGGACUUCCUGGCGGAUCCCCAAGCGGAAUGCCUCUUCGAUCGAGGUCAGUUUGUGGGAAAUCUGGAUCACUCGGCUGGGGGAAUACUUCCUGGCCAGCGUUUCGAUGCCAACCAGCAGUGCAUGCUCCGUUUUGGAAAGAACUUUAUGAGGGACCCCUCCCAAAGCCAGACGGAGAUUUGUCGGGACUUGCACUGCCGGCAGGACGGAUCGCCCUGGACUUCCCAUCCACCUCUGGAGGGCACUGAGUGUGGUGAUAAUAUGUGGUGCCGCGGUGGAUCCUGCGAGACACGCUCUUCCCAAAAGGCCAGCUUCUACAGCCACAAGCCCUGGCCACAGGGAAGCGUCACUCACGAGAAGUACACCUCGAGACCCAACAUGAUACCCUCUCUGCUCCACGACUACAAUCCGGCGGGUAAUGAGCUGCCGGGAACCACCUCGAAUUGGGGCGAAUGGGGCGAGCCGAGUGUCUGCGAAUCAGGCUGCUUGUACGGAGCUUCACGUCGUCUCUUGGAAGGCAGUACCGGGCUGAGGACCUUCAACAGGAGUUGCCUGAACUACCGGAACCGUUGCAUGGGCCGUGAUCGCCGCUUCGAGACCUGCACCACCCACCAGUGCCACAAGGUGGCGGUGCAGACGGUGGAGGACUUUGCCACCAACGUCUGCAUGCGGGCCGGGCUUCUCGACAAGGAGCUGACGGGUGAGGGCCUUCAGCUGAGCAGCACGCCGGACACCGCCUGCAUGGUGUUCUGCCGCACGAAGAACAACAGCACCAAGUCCCGGCGCUGGACCUUCCCGGACGGCACAACCUGUCGCUCUAAGAACCACAACCCGGAGGACAUCACUUACUGCAUUGCCGGGCGGUGCGAACGCUUCUCCUGCGACAACUCCACCUCGAACUUCUUCCGGAUGGACCAUAGCUUCUGCCGGGAGCGGUCCCUUCGGCCGACGAGGGACUCGGCGGACCAGGAGAGCAGGCAGGAGACCACCAGCAAGCGCUAUGCAGAGCGGCAGGAGGGGAUUACACCCAGAAGUCCUUAUGAAAAUGAGGUCUCAAAGCGCUUCCAUCCCCAAAAUAAUCACAUAGGUAGUGGCGUGCCUCCAUAUAAACGAAGAUCCUAUCCCAAACAACAUAUUCCGGAGCUGCCGCGCCCACCGCCGCCAGCGUCCGCUUCACUAAUAGCUCUAGAUCGCCGCUCUUCGGGGGAAUCAUCCGAAUGGGAAGUACAUCCGGGCUGUCAUUCCAACUGCAUGACCGAUUCCAAAGGCGUCCAGGGGGUCACCUCUCGGCUAACUGGAGCGGAGAGCAUCCAGCUCUGCUCACGUCCAGUGCAUCCUUGCGAGCGCCUGUUGACGGCGGCGGAGUUCGCUGAGCAGACCUGCGCCCGAUACCGCCAAAAGGUGCGUGGUCUGUCCGGCCACGGGGCUCAGAUCUCGGCUAGCAUAGACGAGCCGGAUCGCAGCUGUCGGGUGGGCUGUCAAGACGAGCGGAUCAAGUACAGAUACUACCUGGUGAACGGCCGGAAUGGACAUUUCCCGCCGGGCACCCGCUGCUCGCCGGUGGGGAAGCGAUAUUGCGUCUAUGGCAAGUGCCUGGAGUUCGGCGAUGAUGACCUGCCCCUGGACAAGACUCAUAUUAGCUUGGGCCAGCUGAGGAUUGGCUUUCCGCGCCGGAAAAGGAGUUUGCCAGAAGAAUCCAAUCAAAUACAUUAUAAUAUAUCCUCCGAAUACAUCGAAUUCACCCAACCCAUUCACGUCUCCGCAGACGAACUGAACAGCAACAGCCAAUAGCCCAGGCUCCAAGGCCGCACUUCCCUUAGUCGACUAAGUUCUAAGUUUAGUUUAAGUAAUUAAGGCUGCCCUGAGAGAAAAGAAAUGCUGCCUGAGAAGUAUAUAAAUUAAAUAAAUAUAAACAUUAUAGAAGAGUCCUUA